GCAAUCGUCACAAUCUGGAGCUGUUGGAGCGCUGUCUAUGCGUCGUUUGUAUUGACGAUGAUGUACUGCCAACCACGUUUAACAAUCCCAUGAAGAAAGAGGACCGAUGGAUUGACGAUCGAGAUUACGCGAACGUGCUUCAUCACGCUCUUCACGGCGGAGGGUCCCGGCACUUGGGCGCGAAUCGUUGGUUCGACAAAACCUUCCACGCUAUUCUCGGCAAGGAUGGAAUGUGGGGAUUGACGUACGAGCAUUCCGCUGGCGAGGCACCGGCCAUCUUCAAAGCUUUCGAAGAAUUAACCGAGAAAGUGGACUCUAUGUCCCCACCGGAUGAGAAUUUAGUACCCUCGCAUCUUCCGGCGCCUGAAAAGCUGGAGUGGUGUCUCACCGAGCAAAGUCUGAACGACAUCAGAGAAGCCAUGAUGAAUUUCGAUGCGCUGGUCGAAGAUUUGGACCUUUGUAUUUUGUGGUUCGAAGAUUAUUCCAAAGACUUCAUAAAGUCAUGCAGAGUUAGUCCCGACGCAUACAUACAAUUAUCGCUCCAGCUGACAUAUUUUAGACUCCAUGGGAAAUUGGUAGCCACUUACGAGAGCGCUGGCAUCCGGAGAUUCGCGUUGGGUCGAGUGGACUGCAUCCGAGCAGCCAGUCCGGAAGCCCUCGCAUGGGCAAAGGCCAUGUGUCAGGGUGAUCCUCACGGUCAAACGAGUCAGCCCAACAACGCCGUAGACGGGAGCCCCAAAAGAGCGGAAAGGAUCAAGGAGCUGUUUGACCUGGCGGUGCAGAGGCAAACCAAAGAGAUGAACGACAACAUAUACGGCCAGGGUAUCGACAACCACUUGAUGGGGCUGCGUUACGCGGCGAAGGAGGCCGGCGAGCCGAUGCCGGACAUCUUCACGGAUGAGGCUUACGCGAUCGUUAAUCACUUCGCCCUCUCGACAUCACAGGUGACCACGAAAAACGACGUGAUCGUCGGAUACGGGCCGGUGGUGCCAGACGGUUACGGAUGCGCCUACAACGUGAGGAAAAACGGCUUCAUCUUCUCGGUCUCGGCCUUCCACAGCGACGGCCGGACUAGCGCGAUGCAAUUCGCGCAAACGUUGGAACAGAGUCUGCGAGAUAUGGCGGCUAUGAUAAAGAAUUCCAAGAAGUGAUAGAUGCUCGACUAACAUUUACAACGUAGAGCCGCAAAUAAAGCCUCUCGUCCAUCUCGGCGGGGAUGUAGGGGUGAGAUAGAAGAGGGCGAGCUUUUCGCGAAUCACGCACGAGGGUGGUUCGAUGAAACGCUAAUCGAACCCACAAAACGCACGUUGAAUGACAUUGAAGCCGAUUUCAUUAUUCUUGGUGUCUUUUGACACAUGCUGUGUCAAAAAAUCCGGCUUUAUAAAUGUGUACAGCAGAAACGGCAUCUUUUUCUUAUUUUCGUCGUAUCGCAUCAUCUUCAUUGCGUCGUCAGACUUCAAAGCUGAGAAGAAGGUAGUUAUCUCGCACGGUGAAUUAUUUGAAUUUAAUUAUUCAUUGUGAAGAGGAAACGUAGAGCACGACUUUCGAAGCAUUCUUGCACGGGGGAAAGUACUUGUCGUAUAGAUUUAAGAAAUGCGAACGUAAGUGUAGUGCAGAGAGAUUUAGGAACUCGCUCCCGCACAAUUCGUUAAAUAUAUCGCUGGUUUGAUAUAAUCUUUAGGGAGUAUAUAGAAAAGGGAAAAUGUAGCGAUGAAGAGAUGAGCGUCGCCGAAGCACGCAAAUUCAUUGAAAGCUGUCGUAAUCCUUAAGAUAUUCUUCGAUUACAUGUGGUCUAAUACUAGAAGAGAAUCUCUCUCUUGUCUGUUUUUUAGAGGAGAUUACAUACAGAAUACACAAACACACGUGCGUGAACAUAAUUUCGCAUCAUUAGCGAAUUGAAGAUCCUUCAGCGGUAGCCAUCGUAUAGUAGGCGAGAAUGUUGUAGAUCGUUUUAAAACUCUAGUCCGCUCAAGGAGAGAGGAAUAAAGUUUCUUCGAGUGUUAUGCCCGAGCGCUGGAAAAAUCGCUCCAACACACGCUCUUCUGCCACGUUUCGUACUUUCAGAAGCUUAUAUACUUUAAGAAUAUGUCGUUUCCUCGAUACCCAUCAAUCGACUUGUUGAAUACAAGAAAUUUCCUCCUCGAUAGCGUCGAGAAAAUAAUGUUCCUAUAUCUUGAAAUAUGAAAAAAAAAAAAGAUAUCGCGUCUUUAAUCUUUUUCCAUCGCAAAGUCGACUUU